CAAUUCGAAAGAGUCGGGUCGCUUCGUGAGUCUAAUCUCCGGACCAGAGAAUCACGAUUGUUUUUUACGGAUUGGUGCUGUUUUAUUUUCGGAUCCGCUCCGACUAAAGUUAUCUUUCAAACACUCAUUUCGGUUUUCGCCUCGAGUUCUGUUCGAAACUCGCCGCCGAAAUCCCAAAGCUCAGCGGUGAAUUGUGGUGUUUCUAAUUUCAUUUUUUAUGGUUCUAUUGUAGAGAAUUUCUUGGAAAAAAGAUUCUUUCUCUGGUGCGCGGUUGUGCUUGAAUGUUUUUAUCAGUGAAGUGUUGAUAUCGCGGCUUGUGUUCUAGCUUGCUCUGAGUUUGGAGUAAAUUUUUGCAUAUCGUGGUUUGGAUCUCAGUGAAAAUCUUAUUGGAGUACGUUCAGCUGUAGAGACUUUCUGAAGAAUAAGAAAUCAACGUGAACAGUAAAGAUUCAACUGAGCUCAAAACAAAGCGGAGAGAUUUUCUCCAAAACAGCAUUUUUGGAGCUUCCUGCGUGGGUCGGAGCAUUUGUGCUUGAGGACAAAUGCCAGCGACAACGAGAGUAAGGAAGACAUCUUGAAAUCCGCUGACGUCAUCCAGGGCAGGGGGGCAGCGCGCUGGAGCCGUUGAGUCUUCGAUGAGUUUGAGAUCGCUAAAUCAAUGGGAAGACGCCCAAAGACGAGUGGCUCCAGGAAACAUCGAAGAUUAAAGACACACGUAGCACCACGUGCUAAUUCAAUGCGUGCUGAGUACAAUCAUUUGGCUCAGCCCCACUUAUGAUCGAAAUGCCAAGAAGCAGCUUUCACAUAUCAUGGCGAUUCUUCUUAGCAGGUGUCCUGUUGUGCUUGAUUCAAGUAAACCUUCUGGAGGCGCUCAAGGGGUCAGCGGUCGUCCUGCAAGCGAAGAACAAAGCCGAGCAAGCCAAGGAUGAGCUGCAAGUGGAAGGUCUGGGAACGGGGGAAAACAUCACGCUCCCGGACGGGACGGUGAUCCCGGUGAACGUGACGGCGGUCAAGUCCAAGCUGACCGGGAACCCGCAGAUCGACUACGUCUACGACCCGAAUCUCCCGAGGGAGCUCAACGGCUACAACCUCACCGACUACCCCUUCUACAACGGAGUCCCCGAGGACAUUGACUUCAAAUGCGACGGGCUCCACGAUGGCUUUUACGCCAGCGUCCCGCACAAAUGUCAAGUUUACCACCACUGCCUGUUCGGCACGAGGUACGACUUUUUGUGCGCAAACUACACGGCAUUUGAUCAAAAAACGUUCAUCUGCCACUUUGUAUCAGAAGUUGACUGUGAUAAUUCUCCAAAGUAUUUUAAGAGAAACGAAGCUUUGUACAAACAAGACACGACUACGACUCCGCGACCGCCGCCGACAACGACGACCACAACAACGACAACGGAAGCCCCGAAGACGAAGAAGCCGCGACGACAGCGACCCAACAGGCGGCCUCGGCCCUACAAGAGACGCCGCCCCGUCUACGAGUACUACUACGAGGACGAAGAAGAACCAGCCGACUCGGAGUAUUACGAAGAGGAGCCUGCCACCUCUUCGCGCGGACAUGGAAACGGUAAAUACCACCACCUGCAAGUGGAAGGUCUGGGAACGGGGGAAAACAUCACGCUCCCGGACGGGACGGUGAUCCCGGUGAACGUGACGGCGGUCAAGUCCAAGCUGACCGGGAACCCGCAGAUCGACUACGUCUACGACCCGAAUCUCCCGAGGGAGCUCAACGGCUACAACCUCACCGACUACCCCUUCUACAACGGAGUCCCCGAGGACAUUGACUUCAAAUGCGACGGGCUCCACGAUGGCUUCUACGCCAGCGUCCCGCACAAAUGUCAAGUUUACCACCACUGCCUGUUCGGCACGAGGUACGACUUUUUGUGCGCAAACUACACGGCAUUUGAUCAAAAAACGUUCAUCUGCCACUUUGUAUCAGAAGUUGACUGUGAUAAUUCUCCAAAGUAUUUUAAGAGAAACGAAGCUUUGUACAAACAAGACACGACUACGACUCCGCGACCGCCGCCGACAACGACGACGACAACAACGACGACGGAAGCCCCGAAGACGAAGAAGCCACGACGGCAGCGACCCAACAGGCGGCCUCGGCCCUACAAGAGACGCCGCCCCGUCUACGAGUACUACUACGAGGACGAAGAAGAGCCAGCCGACUCGGAGUAUUACGAAGAGGAGCCUGCCACCUCUUCGCGCGGACAUGGAAACGGUGGACACAAAAGGCCGAAAGACCGGAAUAACGACGACGACUAUGAAACCGAACACGACAAAGACCCCGCCGGAACCGAGGUGGUGAAACCGUCGGUGCGGACCUCGGACUCCCCAUCGGUGUACGAGCGACCGCGCAUCCCACCCAAGAUCCCGCGCCCGGUUCCUAAGAACGAACGUGCCAAAUACGACUACAAGAAACAGUCCGAAACAUCCACAGCAGCGCCAUCUAGCGGCAAGGAAACGAAGAAGAAGGAGCCCGAAUACUACGACGACGAGUACUACGACGACGUAAAACCGAAGCCGAAGCACCACGACAGAGAUCGCCACCGUCCGCGACACAGGCCCAAGAAGAGGCCCGAACCGGUUUACGACGAGUACGAGGAGGAACCAGCGCCGAAACCCAAGAAGAAAGAACCGGUUGAGGAGGCACGCGGAAGGGGAGGCUCGAAGCCGAGGAACGAGCCCACUGAGAGACCUCAAAGUCAACGGAACAAUCAGCGGAGACCGAUCAAGGAGGAGCCUACUCGAAAACCUGAACAGAAACCAGCGUACGAAGACGAGGAAGAGUACGAAUACUACGAUGAUGAGGAAUACGAGUAUGAGCCGCCCGCCAAGAAAGACAAACCCGAACAGAAACACCGGUCCGAGACGGGGAAGAAAGAUGAGCCGCGGUUUAGACCGGCGGAGAAACCGGUAGAGCGAACGGAGAAACCGAUCGACAGGACGCGGAACUCCGGUGGGAAGCAAGGAAGAGGUCAAGAUGAGUACAGCGAACCCAGAGACCAGGGUCGAAGAGAUCAAGACCGAAGGGAGCCGGACCGAAGAGAGCAGGAACGAAGAGAUCAAGACCGAAGAGAACAGGACCGAAGAGAUCAGCAGGACCGGAGGGAACAAGACAGAAGAGACCAGCAGGACCGGAGAGAGCAAGACAGAAGGGAACAGGAAAGACGGGAGCAGGACCGGAGAGAGCCGGAACAAAAACCGGAUUAUGACUCGCGCCAGCAAGAAGAGGAAGAAAGAUACGACCGGAGGGGUCAAAAGCAAGAGCCGAGGUUUAAACCAACAAGAGAACCCGAUUACCAAGAACCAGACUACGGCUCCCCCAAAAAUGAACCCAAAUCAGGGAACGAGAGAACAGGUUCACCAAGCCAGGGUUCGCAAGGGGAAAGAGGAAACCGGUUCAGAGAGUCGAACUACGAUGAGGUAAAGGUCGUUCCUGAGGCAGUGUCUGCAAGUAAGUUCAAGCCAUCAAGACCGAAAAGCGAGCGACAAGAUGAGCCUGUGAAAUCCACCACCAGUGCUCAGGCCGACGAAUACGUAGAUUACGAAGUGGAACCCGAGGUGAGGGUGAAGCCACGACCGGUUGAGAAUGCGCGGCCUUCCCCACCGAGUUACGCUAAAAGCGUGCCAACGAGCACUAGGAAGAGCAGCUUCCAGGAGAAAACGGCACCGUCCGAAACCUCAUCGACCACCACAAACUAUAGGCAAUACGAAUCGGAUCCAGAUCCUCCCCAAGCGAGUCCAUUCUACAAGCCACAGUACAUCAGUAGCAACGUUAGGUCCUACUACCAACCAUCUCCGAAGACGGACAUUGAUAACAGAGAGCCACUGCAGCCAAAAGAGAAACCACAGAAGCCUGCCGGAGGCAGAGAAGCCACACUGCCUCCUACGAAUUCCGAGCUGCUCCAUCGGAAGCCGACCGCUCAACCCAUCGACCCACUGGGUAUCCGCAAACAAAAUAAAUUCUUGCCACCCCAAGAACCGGCAGACUACCAAGCUCCCUUUUUGGAGAGCAGUUUGGAAUAUAAAGCGAGGGGCACUCCUGUUUUGAUUCGUCCAUCAGCUCCUGAAGGUUUCAGCCUCAGAAAUAAGCCUGCAGGAAUGACGGCUGAGCAAGACAGACCUCAGAACCAGGAUCAGACUUCCUUGGGAGGUUUGAAGAAUUUGGGUCAACCACAACCGUUCAGUCAUUCGUCCAAUAGAGAUUCUGGAUACUCGCAGCCGGAAAAGAGUAACGCGCGGCAACCGUACAGACCGAAAUACACAACAGGAGCAGGUGUACCGAGUUCUAGCGGUGCGUCCGGUCCUUCGGGACCAUCAGGGGCAUCAGGACCAGAUCAGAGCUCUCUUAGUGGCAAGAAAAGUCAACAACCAACGGGAGCUCCACAAGAGGACUCGACACGAACGCUCAUGCUUACAGGACCUGGAUCUACAUACUUGGAGAAUACGGGUCCGGAGCCGAAAAUUAAGUAUCCUAAACUGCCAUUAACCACAGGCUUAGGUUUAAGUUACCAGCGACCUGAGUCGAUUAGAAAUAGUAAACCCAGUUACAGUCCGACUGGACCUGGCCAAAGGAGUAAGUUAUCUAGUUACCAGGGGAGCAUCAUUUCACCGUCGAUCAUAAAACAGCUGGAUGUUACGGCACCGGGACCUUCUGGUUUAGGACGACAGCCUGCUCAAACUUCAACGAUUAGGAAUAAUGGCAUCCAAGAGAGCGAUCAAUUGGAUUAUGAAGAAUACGAUGUGACUCUGAAUGAUGCCUUGCAACCGUCGACACUGCACCCCACGAGAAGCUUGGCUCUUUCGGGUAGUUUUGCUCAAGAUCCACUUUUGAGCCCGUCAAUCAAAGGUCGAAGAACGAUUAGCCCGCCGAGGAAGACGAUAAACCAAGAGGCUUAUGUGAUUUCUGAUGCAACACAGCAAUUUCUGAACGUACAGAGAAAUCUUGGGUACAGAGGGAGUAUUGUGCCACAAGCUGAAGCCAAACAGCGGCAAAAUUUCCAAGAGCAAGCACACAUGGAAUCGGAACGAUUGGUCAGCCGAAGGAAACCGAAGCAACCAGACAAUUCUCGAGUGGUGCUACAAGCGGAAGAAACACACUCUCGUCCGACAGCAAGUGAUGGAGAAACAGCACCAGGUGUUUGGGUGAUCCAGCAGGCACCCCGGCGAGUUGUUAACAAGCAAACUGCUCCUGUGAUACAAUAUGAUGAAUUUUAUUGAGUAUCUUUGCAAGUGAUCUUAAAUGAAACGAAACAAGGAGUAUCCUAGAUUGAGAAACUUUCUAUUUAAAUGAAAGAAUUUCAUUUCUUCCAUCAAAAACUGCAAAUGAAAUUAUCUCAAUACUAAAGCACAGUGAAAUAUGCAGAGUGUACAAAUAAAAUGAUAAAUUUGGUAUGAGAAUCGUGAAAAAUAAAACCAUUCAUAAAAUAUUUGAGACAACUCCUCCAGCCUUAAUAGGAAAAAAACAGAGAGCGGUUCAAUGAAACAGGCGACUGAUAAAUUUGACAAUCACCUUGAGAUACGUAAGAGAUAAAAUUAUGUUUAAAGAUUGUCAAAAAAUAGCAUUUCAACAGAGUUUCCCGUGAUUUUGGAGAAUGAUGAA